CUCCAGAGAGGGAGAGAAAGGGAAAAAUAUCCUAUCGGGCAGCCGGCACUGCCUGAAAUAACUGCAGGAGAGUUCGCCUGGGCUCUCAGCAGCCCAGGCGUGGAAGGGGGUAGUUCACUUCACUCUGAGCUCCUCUGGAGCCUGAGCCAUGCCCCCGUGCAUGUGAUGUCAUGUGCACGGGCAUAUGUGGAGGGGGCCACCGAGCGGGGCUGGACCCAGGCUGCCGCUUGGCUGGCUCCGCACCUGACAAAAAGAGCAAUAAAAUGCCCAUCAGCUGCCAUGAUUAGCCGAGUCCUUCAAACACCUGAGAGGCGAAAAAUAUUUUAAACUGAUGACAGAGGGACAUUCAGAGCAGCACUCAUCCUGUGGGUAUCAUGUAUUUCACCAUGACGUGAAGUCCAAAGUCACUUCUGAGACGCUGAUCAACAUGUUCAGUGACAAGAACAGCCCCCCUCUGUCCCAGAAACCAAGCAAGAAAAAGACAAGGCCCCAGGGGCUGCCUUCCCCAGCUCUGUGCUGUGCCUGUGGACUGUGCAUCAUGCUGGCAGGUAUCAACAUCACUCUGGUGGGAGCAUUUGCUUUUGGGACAUUCCUGCCUGUCAGCAACCCACCCAUCGUCAUUGGUCCCAUCCUGUUGGUGGUGGCAUUCACUUUCUUUGGGGCUUGUUGCAUCUGCAGCCGAAGGCCACCUGCUCACGGCACAAGAAAAUCCAAACCAGGGGCCAACAUUGGGCUCAUCAAACCGGGGAACACGGCUUUUGAAAUUGAAACCAGUGAGCAUACAGUGCAAGACACCACUGCUGUGCAACUGAGCCCCACCAACUCUCCAAUGUCCUCCAAAAGGUCCACCCCCAUUCAUGAUAUUUCAAAGACCUGCAAACUUUUCACCAUGGAUAGCAAUGGGCCAGCAGCAAAAUACACAGCAGACGGAGAAUCAAUACAGCUGAACUUGCCCAGAGACAUUGCCAUGUCAUAAACCAAACUGGAGAAUAUUUAUGAGGAGCUGGGUAGCAGGCAUGUCAACAUAUGACCAGAUGGCAAGAUGACUUUGCAGUGCAGCUAACAUCUGGAAUCUAAUUUAAGAGUCGGCCAGCACAUGCCUUAGAAUCUGUUGAGAAAUUUAAGGCAAAGGCAUAAUAAGGUGGCAAUUAGAAAUCAAUACACAACCGUGGAGAGAGAUUCCACACAUUUCUGUGGAAGGACUAGGUUUUGAGCAAUGAAAUUAAAAGAAAAGAGGGCAUAUAUAAGACUCACUAUCAUACAGGUACUGGAAAACAGCAUAUCCAUUGGAUUUCAUUUGUUUUUUUAGUGGAUUUGUGAAUGAUAAUGCAAAGAUCAGAAUUUGAUGCUUCAGAGCAGUGAAGAAAAUUACAGGUUCUUUUUUAUUUUUAAGGGGCAAUGGAUUGUAAUGAACCAUGGUGACCAGGAAAGGAGUUUUGUUAAUGGGGAAUGCAGAUUAUAUGAGAUUGCCUUGUUUGCUUGUUUUGAGGCAAAAUAACUUCUCUAAUGCAAUUAAAUCCCUAUCUUGCCUCUUU